GGUGUUGCAAUGGCAGAGUUUCUGGCAGGGCGUGGGGAGCCCUUGCUCAAUGACCUGCCUGCCCUGUUGCUCAGAGGACACAGCUGCCAGGAAAAGGUUGGCUCAUUUGGGGGGCUCCCCAAGGGAUCCCGGUGGCCCUGGCUUCUGACCUGGGCCUUCCCCUGAUGCAGGAAUAGGAGCAAGCUCUGGAGGUCUCCGGCCCCUCCCAAGGACCAUGCUGCAGCCUCACUGACCCAGGAGUAGGGGCCUGAGGGCAGGGCACCUGGAAUGGGCUGUGUGUUCUGCAAGAAGUCGGAGCCAGGGCCAAAGGAGGAUGUUGGCCUGGAAGGGGACUUUAGGGGCUACGGGGCCGCGGACCACUAUGGCCCUGACCCUACUCAGGGCCGGCCUGCGUCCUCCUUUGCCUGUAUCCCCAACUACAACAACUUCUCCCCUCAGCCCGCCAGCCCCGCCUUCCUUGAUGGGGGCACCAUCAGGGGCAUCUCAGGCACUGGGGUGACCCUGUUCAUCGCCCUGUAUGACUAUGAGGCCCGGACAGAGGAUGACCUCACUUUCACCAAGGGCGAGAAGUUACACAUCCUAAACAACAGUGAGGGUGACUGGUGGGAGGCUCGGUCCCUCAGCUCCGGACAAACUGGCUACAUUCCCAGCAACUACGUGGCCCCUGUGGACUCCAUCCAGGCUGAAGAGUGGUACUUUGGAAAGAUGGGGCGGAAGGAUGCGGAGAGGCAGCUGCUUUCCCCCGGCAAUCCCCGGGGGGCCUUUCUCAUUCGAGAAAGCGAGACCACCAAAGGCGCCUACUCCCUGUCCAUCCGAGAUUGGGAUGAGGCCAGAGGUGAUCACGUGAAGCAUUACAAGAUCCGCAAGCUGGACACGGGUGGCUACUACAUCACCACGCGGACCCAGUUCAACACUGUGCAGGAGCUGGUACAGCACUACAUUGAGGUGAACGACGGACUGUGCCACCUGCUCACGGCGGCCUGCACCACCAUGAAGCCGCAGACGCUGGGCCUGGCCAAGGAUGCCUGGGAGAUCAGCCGCAGCUCCAUCGCGCUGGAGCGCCGGCUGGGCACCGGCUGCUUCGGGGACGUGUGGCUGGGCACGUGGAACGGCAGCACGAAGGUGGCAGUGAAGACGCUGAAGCCGGGCACCAUGUCCCCGAAGGCCUUCCUGGCGGAGGCGCAGAUCAUGAAGCUGCUGCGGCACGACAAGCUGGUGCAGCUGUACGCAGUGGUGUCGGAGGAGCCCAUCUACAUCGUGACGGAGUUCAUGUGCCACGGUAGCUUGCUGGAGUUCCUCAAGAACCGGCAGGGCCAGGAUUUGAAGCUGCCCCAGUUGGUGGACAUGGCAGCCCAGGUAGCUGAGGGCAUGGCCUACAUGGAACGCAUGAACUACAUCCACCGCGACCUGAGGGCAGCCAACAUCCUCGUAGGGGAGCGGCUGGUGUGCAAGAUUGCUGACUUUGGACUGGCCCGCCUCAUUAAGGAUGAUGAGUACAAUCCCCAGCAAGGGACCAAGUUUCCCAUCAAGUGGACAGCCCCAGAGGCUGCCCUCUUUGGCAGAUUUACCGUCAAGUCAGAUGUGUGGUCCUUUGGGAUCCUGCUCACUGAACUCAUCAGCAAGGGCCGAGUCCCCUACCCAGGCAUGAAUAACCGGGAAGUGUUGGAACACGUGGAGCAUGGCUACCACAUGCCGUGCCCCCCAGGCUGCCCAGCAUCCCUGUACGAGGCCAUGGAGCAGACUUGGCGUUUGGACCCGGAGGAGAGGCCUACCUUCGAGUACCUGCAGUCCUUCCUGGAGGACUACUUCACCUCCACAGAACCCCAGUACCAGCCUGGGGAUCAGACAUAGCCCAUUUGGGCAUCAACCACCUCUCUGGGGGUGCCCACCAGCCCCUUCCAAUCCACAGGGCCCUGGUCCCAAGCCCCUCACUUAGAACCCUAGAGAGUCCUAGCAUGUCAGAGCAAGCAGGUUGCCCUGACACCAUCUAGGGCAACUCACUCAUUUUAAAGAUGGGGCAAAUCAAGGCUCAGAGAUCAUCCCUCACGCGCUCUGGCCCCAAGCACUAUUUCUCCCCUUCCCACCUAGGCCCUACAUGCCUCUAGGCUCCCUGUUCCUCCCCCCAACCCCCAAAAGAGAAAUGCUCAGACCUUGUCUAGUUAUUUAUAAAACUGUAUAUCCUUUCCCUCACUUAUCUCCUAUCCCUGCUUUCCGACCCUGUCAUCCCACCCUGGUCCAGGCCCCCAGAAUUCACCUCCUACUCAGAAUUCACCUCCUACUCAGUUCCCUCAUAUCUGUAAGUUACAAAGACAGGGAAAGUCUCUGCUGGAUGCCUUUCCUGCUGGGUGGACGCUGUAGUCCAGGACUGGGGUCCAAGCCCAGGGUGAGGGAGAGGGUUGCUGAGAGCUCCCACCCUCUCAAAUCGUGUGUGUGUUUAUGGAUUUUGUGAAUAAGAAAAAUGACAAUAUGAAUUCUCGAGCCAUGAAAA